GCUCUGUUGUAGACGAUGAAAAUCAGACAAAUGCUGCUUGUUUUGGAAGCACUUUGGGAUAUAAACAUUUUUUCAUUGUUUUAGACUUUUUUACAGCACAGCAAAGGUAUUAAAAUGUCUCUGAGCAUCUUUGGGAGGUGAAACAACAAACGCUGUUUCCUCCUGGGAAAAGCGACCCUGAUGUUGCCAGGCGGCUGCAGAUCCAGCAGCGGAAAGUGACAGAAAUCCAGAAGGUCUCUGCCUUGUGGUGGCGGCGUCACAGCACGCCUGUCUGUGACAGCCGAUGCUCACCAGGAGGAAUGUCGACCCCCACCUUCAGAUAAGUUUUGACAGCUGUAAUUGAGAGAGAGGGAGGAGGUGGGGGUGAGCUCCUAUUUUUAUCAUACAUCCAACCAGGCCUGAGGCAGACAGAGAGAAACCCCUCUCCUCUCUCCAGAAACAGAUCACUCCUUCUGGAUCUCUCCUUUCUGCCUCCAGAGAAACUUCUGGAGGUCUGACGGUGAGGUUAAGACCAGGAGACGCGACCAGUUUGGAGGAAGACAUCUGAACAGGAGCAGAUCUACAGACUGCAGAGGGAGGACGGAAGAAACCAGGAACACUAUCAGGCCGUCAUGGCUCUACUGUGUUACAACAAAGGCUGCGGAGAGAAGUUUGACCCCGACAAGAACAAAGACGAUUCCUGCCUCUUCCACCCAGGGGUUCCCAUCUUCCAUGAUGCCCUGAAGGGCUGGUCCUGCUGUAGAAAAAGAACAACAGACUUCUCUGAGUUUCUCUCCAUCAAGGGCUGCACCCGCGGGCGCCACAGCAAUGUGAAGCCCCAGGAGCCUCUGAGGCCAGAGGUGUCGUCAGAUAAGGCUGACAUCAAACUCACCAACGACCAAGAGAUCAUCUACCAGGGCCCUAAGUCUGCUGAGAAGCUGCAGAAAGAGAGACCAAGUUCAGAUGAGCCCAUGACAAAGCUUCCCCACAAAGUGUCCGCUUCGCUGGCUCAGGUGCUGGAAAAACUGGACAUCAGCAAGAGAGCUGAGAACGAGAAGAAAGAAAGUCAGGUUGUCAUACAUGGAACUCGCUGCAAAAACGCUGGUUGCAAAACAGUCUACCAAGGCCCAGAGACCGACAAGGAGGUCUGCACCCACCACCCAGGAGCACCCGUCUUCCAUGAGGGAUAUAAAUACUGGAGCUGCUGCUGCAUAAAGACAACAGACUUCAAUGCUUUCCUGGACCAGAAGGGCUGCACCACAGGGAAACACCGCUGGGUGCCAAAGCAGGACAAGAAGAAGGUGGCGUGUCGACAUGACUGGCACCAAACUGGAAAUAAUAUUGUUGUAACGAUUUACGCCAAGAAUUCAAACCCUGAAUUUUGCAGCAUACAGGCCAACCGGACAGUGCUUUCAUGCCAAAUACAGUUUGAGAAUGAUAAGAUUUUUAAGCGUGACUUCCACCUCUGGGGGGUGGUCGACGUCAAGCAGAGCUCGGUCCACAUGAUCCCUUCCAAAGUGGAGGUCACCCUCCGCAAAGCUGACAUGGUAGCCUGGGGCAAACUGGAGGACCCAAACUACAAACCUGAGCCAGCGCCUGCAGAGGAAACCAUCAAUGAAAUCACAGAGUCGGACAAUCCCGACUGGGACAUCGACGACGAUGACAUCAGUGACUCGGAUGAGGAGUGGGCCUACGGCACGCCAGAGAAUAGAAAGAAAGGAGAUGAGGGCAAAAAGGAGCAGAAUAAGGAUGAAGACGUGCCAAAUUUAAAGAGGAAGGAGGUGGAGGAGGAGAUGAAGAGGGCAAUGGAGGAGAAGAAGAGGGCAGAGGAGGAGAGGAAAAAGCUGGAAGAGCAAAGGAGGCAAGAAGAAGAAGAAGGAUAUGAAGACAUGCCAGAUCUGGAGGAUCAUGAUGCUAAUUUGGAGUGACUUGCUUUAGCAAAACAGACCAAAAGAAUGAAAUAAAACUGAAUUUAGAAGCAAAGAAAUUUAAUAGCUAAAAAUCCUUUUUUUUUUUUUUAAGCAAAAGAUCCAAAUGAAAGUUUGAUUCUCUUGAAGUUGUAAACACGUUUGUGAGGAAUGUGGGAGCUGGACACGGCUGAAUUUAUAUUUUAUUCUUAAACAUAAACAGAAGAAAUAAACUUUUCUCUAUUUGUU